GCCGGUCUUAAUCAUUUACAUUAGUCAGUCAAGAUUUCUAAAUGACAGUAUCGUGAUUACUUCUGAUGAAAGGACUGGUAGGAGAGAGGAGUGAGGCAGUGAGAUUCAGAGCGUGAGGCGCAGUGCAUGGACUCACUUCAACUAACCAAAACUCUGAAGCAAGUUUUAACUCCGGAGUUUGCUUGUAUUGCAUUCCAACAAAUAGAUGCGUUUGGGAACCUGGAGUAUUUACUCGAUUAUGUAUUGCAUUGAACUGCUGCUGCUAAGUUAACAAAUUUCACGUCAUCACGAGCUGGUGAUAAUAAACCUGAUUGUGAUUCUAAGCAAUACGUGGGAAGUAUGUUCACCUAGAACUACAGCAGAUCAAGAAGAACCUCACUUCCUCCUGGGCAUUUAGAAGGUACUGUCUUUGACAUGCUGUGCUUGAAUGAAACUACAUUAACCAGUACUAUACAGAAGAAUUUUAAUGGAGUCUCCAGUUUGCCUCCAGUGGAAAUGUUGUUCUAACUCUGGACAAAUUGCCCUCAUGCCACUCAGCACUGACCCUUGCAGCCCAAAUUGUUACUCUAAUGUCUCUCCAGAUGCACACAGAAAAGGAGUAAAGCGAGUGGGGAGAGACUAUUGCCAGGCAUACCAUGGCUCCUGUAAAGAGCAAUCGAUUCUGGAUACUUGUGGUUGGCAUUCAAGGUCUCUUUGAGCUUGUGGAGGGAGUUAGGAGCAGUAGGUUAUCUGCUUCAGUGGAACAUGUAGACUGUCGGCGAGCAGAGCAUCCUGUUAUAAUGCACAGAGACAUUGUGCCAUGGCUGCACAUAUUUAAAGCUGCAAAUGUAACGGACUACUCACAGUUGACCUUUGACCCUUCUCAAAAAGAGCUCAUCGUUGGAGCAAAGAACUACCUCUUUAAGCUGAAGCAGGGAGAUCUGACUUUAAUCCAGAAAGUGGAAUGGUCAUCGGACAAGAUGACAAAACAAAGCUGCUUCAGCAAAGGCAAGACUGAGGAGGAAUGUCAAAAUUACAUUCGGGUCCUCCUUAUCAACGGAAACACCAUCUUCACCUGUGGAACAAAUGCAUUUACUCCCAUAUGUACCAGUCGGAUGCUAACUAAUCUGACAAAGGUCCACGAUCGUAUCAGUGGGAUGGCUCGGUGUCCAUACAAUCCACAACAUAAUUCCACUGCUCUGAUUACAUCUACUGGAGAACUUUAUGCUGCCACUGCUAUGGACUUCCCAGGGAGAGACCCUGCCAUCUACCGCAGUCUAGGAGGGCUUCCUCCGCUACGCACUGCUCAGUACAACUCUAAAUGGCUGAAUGAACCAAAUUUUGUGUCAUCCUAUGAUAUUGGAAACUUCACCUAUUUCUUUUUUCGGGAAAAUGCAGUGGAACAUGACUGUGGCAAAACUAUUUUCUCCAGAGUAGCUAGAGUAUGCAAAAAUGAUGUUGGAGGAAGAUUUCUCCUGGAGGACACUUGGACAACUUUCAUGAAAGCCCGAUUAAACUGUUCUCGGCCUGGUGAAAUUCCGUUUUAUUACAAUGAGCUCCUAAGGACAUUCUUCUUACCUGAGCAAGACAUGCUUUAUGGAAUCUUCACUACAAAUGUGAACAGUAUUGCGGCUUCAGCUGUCUGCAUGUUUAAUCUGAGUGCCAUUACUCAAGUUUUUGCGGGGCCGUUUAAAUUCCAAGAGAAUUCCCGUUCAGCGUGGCUACCAUUUAUAAAUCCUAACCCUAAUUUUCAGUGUGGUACUGUCGAUUAUGGUCCUUACAUGAAUCUCACAGAGAGGAACCUCCAGGAUGCUCAAAGAUUUAUUCUUAUGCAUGAAGUGGUGCAGCCAAUAUUUCCAAUCCCUUUCUUUAUGGAGGACAAUAGUCGAUUUUCCCACAUAGCAGUGGACGUAGUGCAGGGAAAAGAUAUGCUCUUCCAUGUUAUGUACUUGGCUACAGACUAUGGGACCAUUAAGAAAGUUCUUGUCCCUGUGAAUCAAAGUGGGAGCGGCUGCUUGUUGGAAGAAAUAGAACUUUUUCCAGCUGAUCAACGAGAACCCAUAAAGAACCUCCAGAUCCUACACAGUCAAAGUGUUCUGUUUGUUGGUCUUCAGGGACACGUGAUAAGAUUACCCCUCAAACGUUGUACCUUUUACAGGAGCCAAAGUUCAUGUGUGGGAGCUCGAGAUCCUUAUUGUGGCUGGGACUUGGUCCUGAAGAAAUGUACAACAUUGGAAGAGAGCAUGAGUAUGACUCAGUGGGAGCAAAACAUCAGCUUGUGUCCAAUGAGAAAUAUGACAAUGGAUGGUGGUUUUGGACCUUGGUCACCGUGGGGACCCUGCAGCCAUUCUGAUGGCAAUGCCGUUGGCCUAUGCGUCUGUAGAACUCGCUCAUGUAAUAGUCCGAUUCCACAGUGUGGAGGACGACAGUGUGAGGGUCUCAGCAUGGAGGUUGCAAACUGUUCCAGGAAUGGUGGUUGGACUCCUUGGACACUGUGGUCUCCUUGCAGUACAAGUUGUGGGAUUGGAUUUCAGGUUCGACAGCGGUCUUGUAGCAAUCCUACUCCUCGACACGGAGGGCGCGUUUGUGUUGGACAAAAUCGUGAAGAGCGGUAUUGCAAUGAGCAUCUUCAUUGUCCUCCACAUACAUUCUGGACUCCGUGGGGCCCUUGGGAACGCUGUACUGCGCAAUGCGGAGGAGGGGUACAGGCUCGAAGAAGAACAUGUCAGAAUGGUGAUGACUGUCCAGGUUGCAACAUGGAAUAUCAACUUUGUAACAUCAACCUAUGCCCAGAACUGAAGAAGACCACUCCUUGGACCCCUUGGACACCUGUUAACAUUUCUGACAAUGGAGGUCAUUAUGAGCAGAGAUUUAGGUACACGUGCAAGGCACGCUUGGCUGACCCAAACCUCUUAGAUGUUGGCCGUCAAAGGAUAGAGAUGCGGUACUGUUCCAGCGAUGGAUCAACGGGUUGUUCUGCAGGCGGGUUUUCUGGAAGCAUCUUACGAUAUGGGAGGUUUUCUGUUUACACAGUCAAUGGGGCUUGGUCUGCUUGGCUGCCAUGGACUCAGUGUAGCAGAGACUGCAGUCGAGGAAUUCGAAGUCGUAAACGAUUGUGCAAUAAUCCUGAGCCAAGGAAUGGAGGAAUUCCCUGCCUAGGGCAAUCAGUUGAAUACCAGGAAUGUAAUAUCAUGCCUUGUCCAGUGGAUGGUGGUUGGUCAUGUUGGUCUUCGUGGUCCAAGUGCUCAGUUACUUGUGGAGGUGGACAUUACAUGAGGACGCGGUCCUGCAGCAAUCCUGCACCCGCCUAUGGUGGAGACAUCUGUCUGGGCCUGCAUACCGAAGAAGCUCUAUGUAACACACAUCCUUGUCCAGAUAACUGGUCAGAGUGGUCAUCGUGGUCAGAGUGUGGGGUAUCAGGUUCACAACGACGUACUCGCCACUGCAAAAUAUUAUUUCCAGUGGGUUCUCAGUGUUCUGAGAACAGCAGUGAGAGCAGAGCCUGUACCUAUGACUCCAAUUUCAUCCCUGAAGUAUAUAUUGCCAAGACCAGUUCAGUGGAGAGAAGAUGUGGUGAAUUCAACAUGUUCCAUAUGAUUGCUGUGGGACUCAGUUGUUCCAUCUUAGGCUGUCUGCUAACAUUACUCGUAUAUACUUACUGCCAGCGGUAUCAACGGCAGUCCCACGAUGCCACUGUCAUCCAUCCAGUUUCUGCAGUUCCCCUCAACACCAGCAUUACAAAUCACGUCAAUAAACUUGAUAAAUAUGAUUCUGUAGAAGCCAUUAAGGCCUACAAUAAAAAUAACUUGAUUCUUGAAGAACGAAAUAAAUAUUUCAACCCGCAUCUGCAUCCAAAGUCUUUCUCCAACACUUAUUUCACAGACUUAAAUAUGUAUGAUGACUAUUAGAAUGGACAAUAUCUAAUACAGACUGGACUGCUAACUAAAGGUCCCCUUUGAAUCUGGAAUGAAGAUGAGACCCAUAAUUCCAUUCUUGCCAUUUACUCAUCUAUAACAUAAACAUCAGCGGCUACAGUAGAAAUGACCCAGAAGAUGAUGAAUUCCCAGACAAAUUAGAACUAACUAGUUCUGUUUUGCAGUGGAUAAAAAUUAGGGUGGUUCACCUUCCAUGAGAAUGAAGAAUACUAUAAGGUGAAUAAAAAACAAAAUGAAAAAUAGUGCCUGUGAACACAACAUUGAUAAUUAACGAAUGAUGUAUUUUUUAGGAAGUUCUUUGAUGUAGCAGCAAGAACCAGAAUUAAUUCAUUGACUUUUUGGAAGAAUGCUGUAACAAAUAGAAUGAGAUUCCAUGGUGCUCACAUGAGAUUGUUGCAGUCUGUUUUGUAAUGAUAGCAAUGUUAAUUUGUAUUAAAUGUACUUCAUGCCAUUCCGAAGGCCCUGCCAGCUGCAACUUAAAGAUCAAUGUUUGUUCUUAUUCAAAAACGGUGAAAAAGCAGAUUGUAGCUGUGUUGCUGUUUCAUUUUACAUAAUCUAUUGUCUGUCUCGUUAUUGACCAGUUUAAAUUUUGUGCUUAAGAAUGCAGACAAUCAUGAAAAUAUUUCCCAUGUGAAACUCACUCAACUGCAAAUAACUACCUAAUGUAUGGAUAGUGUGAAUGGUUAAGUAUGUAGUUUAACAAAAUGCUCAGUUGACCCACUGAUUACAUAUAUAACUGUAAUGCUGAAUCUAAAAGUGACUUUUGUACAGUCCAUCUGCUGUAAAUCCAUGCUAUUUUGCUGUAUUUAGGCUAAAUACAUAUCCUAUUUCUUGUUUGUCUGGAGAA